AUGGAGUUCACCAGCACCUCGGGGGGCUUUCGCUCGCGGCGCUCAUACCCCAACCUCAACCACGUCUCUCUAGCACCACUGACCCCACGAUUCCCCAUAGACGACGACACAGAACCAACAGACUAUUUCAAUCAAGAAACAAACUCCCCAACACACACAACCAAUACCGAAUACCCAGCGCCCUCCUAUCUCUCCAGCAUCUCAGUUCCAAGCACACCCCCAAUCCUCUCCCACUCGCGCAGCAGCUCACGCACCCGCCACACGCGCAGUAAAAGCUCCAACCGAACAGGACCCUCAAGCGACUCAAGCCUACACAGCCACGCACUCUCCACACCCCUCCAUCACAGCAGAAGCACAAGCACAAUAAAAAAACCAGCAAGUACCUUCCCAGGCCGUCGCCACAUCCCCGAAACGGAUACACCACGAACACCAAAAAUAGACGCAGAAUGGAUGCUGCGUGCAGGCAUAGCAUUAGCUUCAUCGACGCGCGAGGAAAAAGGCCAGAGCUGGCUCUCCAAACGCGAAAGCUCGACCAGUCUUGCCGAAAUGCCCGACGAUCAUCCGGCUCUUAAUACACGCCACCACCACCGCACUAGAUCAAGCACGUCAUCGCGUAAGCCCCGGUCCGGCGCCUCGACACCUGGAGGCCUCGGCGCAUUCUCACGCCGUGGGUCUCGGUCCCGGCGUGGGAGUCGACGCGGGAGUCGAGUUGGCUUGACUAUGACUACCAUGCCUGUAUCGCCCUCGUCACCAAAUACAGCGGGGCGAAUGCCUAGUUCGGGGUCGGGUCCUGGGACGACGACUGGGACGGCGACUGGGACGGCUAGUCCUGAGCUGCGUGGACGGGCUGGCCUUCUGCCGGACUUUGUGGAUGAGCGUAUUCGCGCCGAGAUGGCUACGUUACAACAUCAUCAACAUCUACCGCAACAUCACCGGUCUUUCUCAGAUGAAGACUCGGAGCUUUGGGAAGGUGAUGAUGAUGUUGACGGCUCGGAGUCCGAAUCUGAUUAUGAUUCUGAUGAAAUGCCGGAUGACUUUGACGAAGCGGAUCUGCAGCGAUUGACGCGCGAGCGCGGAUUCGGGCUUGGGGGCUGGAUUGAUCGGUUGGUUGAGUGGACGCUUUUCGGCGUUGAGGAGUGGCCUGCUGCUGUGCCUGGUGCUGCUGGUGCUGUUGCGGCUGCUUCGAGGAUUGGGACUGCAGAGACGAGUACUACUGUUACUUUUGAGGAUCCUGUUGUUUUAGAUGCUGUGGACGAGAGGAGUGAUGAUGAUGAUGUACUUUCUGUUGGGGAGGGGACAUCUGAUGAUGGAGAUGGGAUGUCUGAGAGGACUGAUGGAGCUGUUGUUUCUGUUGAGAAACCUGGGGCGAGCGGUGGAUGGGAGGAUGCUGGGUGGUUGUUCCGUGUUGUGAAGAGGGUGUUGGUAUGA